AUGGGCAGUCUUCAGUUAGAGGAUUUUGUAGCUGGUUGGAUAGGAGGAGCUGCAAGUGUAAUUGUGGGGCAUCCUCUGGACACAGUAAAGACUCGUUUACAAGCUGGACAAGGAUAUGGAAAUACACUUAAUUGUAUCCUUACCGUGUACAGAAAUGAAAGUGUUGUUGGAUUCUUUAAAGGAAUGUCUUUCCCAUUGGCCAGCAUUGCUGUCUACAGCUCGGUGACAUUUGGUGUCUUCAGCAAUACUCAAAGGUUUAUUAGCCAGCAGCGCUAUGGAGAUUCUAACCAUGCCCCGGCACUCUCGGACUUGAUCGUUGCCAGCAUGGUAGCAGGGGUUGUCUCGGUAGGAAUUGGUGGGCCUGUGGACCUGAUAAAGAUAAGACUACAGAUGCAGACACAGACAUUUUUUAAAGCAAACAUAAACUUAAAGCACAGGGCAAUUGGGUUUCCCGCAUACAGAGGCCCAAUUCACUGUGUUAGUUCAAUCCUUCGGCAGGAGGGCUUAGCUGGAAUGUACCGAGGUGCCGGAGCAAUGCUUCUGAGGGAUGUUCCUGGGUAUUGCCUAUACUUCAUCCCUUAUACAGUUCUCUGUGGCUGGAUUACUCCCGAGGGAUGCAUAUCUCCUAGUCCCUCUUCUGUGUGGAUGGCAGGAGGUAUAGCAGGAGCAAUUUCCUGGGGGACUGCUACUCCGAUGGAUGUUGUGAAAAGUCGACUUCAAGCUGAUGGGGUUUAUUUAAACAAAUACAAAGGAGUCGUUGAUUGUAUCUCCCAGAGCUACCAUAGUGAGGGCUUAAAAGUCUUUGUUAGGGGCAUCACAGUCAACGCAGUGCGAGGAUUCCCGAUGAGUGCAGCCAUGUUUCUUGGAUAUGAACUUUCACGCAAAGCACUAAGAGGAGACCAAGCUGAGACCAAUCCUUAA